GAAUUUCUUCGGCAUUUUAUGUAAGACUUUCUUCCCUGUGCAAAACAGUCUUCGGUACUUUUGUUUAACCAUUUAACAGCGAGGGAUAAAUAGUGAUAUUUUCGCUCAGCAUAUACAUUAGAACUAGCUUUCAUCCAUAUUGAUGUAGAUUUUGUAUAGGCGAUACAUACAUAUUUACAUGCGGCGGAAGUCCUACUAGUUGUCAACUUCCGCUGUUUCCUGAUCAGAGCCGAUCAGGACACAUGCACGGUAACGCUCCAACUGCAAACGGUGCUUAUGACGACUGGAUGCUACACGCGUACUACAGUAAACAGAUGGAGGUUCAACACGCAAGACAUGCAAUAUCAUGGAGAAAACUUUUUCUUAGUCGUGCAAAGUUGAAAGCAACUGGCAACACGUCAGCAUUACUAUCGGGGUUUGCCAUGGUUGCAUUGGUGGAGAUUGGGAUAGAGCCGGACGUACCUAGUUGGUUGAUGGUGGUAUUCUGUAUCAAUACAACAUUACUAGUAUCUAUACAUCUACUGGCUGUCAUGAUAAGCACCUGUAUUCUCCCCAACAUAGAGGCUGUCAGCAAUGUACACAAUGUCAACUCGGUUCAGGAGUCCCCACAUGAGCGCAUGCAAGUAUUCAUCCAGAUGUCGUGGACAUUCUCAACAGGCUUUGGAAUACUUUUGUUCCUGACAGAGUUAGUCCUCAUUUGUUGGAUAAAGUUUAAUGUGAAGGCAGUAAACAACAACAUAGGAGCUGCAUGGGCUGCUACGGCAGUUGUCAUUCCAGUAGGGAUCUUAUUUUUAGUAUUUGCCUUUCAUUUCUACAGGAGACUUAUAGCUCACAAAUUCCAACAAACCAAUAUGGGGUUACAGGAUCUGGAUAAAAUGGUGUCAGAACUUGGCAACCAGGAGAAUGAUUUCAAUGAUAUUGAAAAUGUGUAAAAGUUCAUGUAUGUGAGAUUCUUACUGAAGAAAUUCAGUGUUUUUCUAAGUCAGAAAUUUUGAUGUUGAUCAUCAAUAUGUGUAUAUGUACAUAAUCAGAAAUAUAUUUAUAUUAUGUGAAAACCAAUGAGAGCAAGUCACAUUUGUAAUUGAUUAAUGGACAGCAUAUGGAAUCAAGGCAACACCAGAAUCAGGAUCACACCACUUUACAUGCUAGCAUACGAAGUCUACUUUUGGUCUACUUCUGCUUAUGUUAAUGUAGGUUCAAUGUUAUCAAUGUUUUUUUAUCAAAGUGUUGUACCUUUGUGUUCACCUGUUGGGAGCUGCUAGUUACUUGCCUACAUUUUAAGUAUUAGAAGAAUUUAGUCAACUAAUAUGAAAUCAAUAAGUAACUUGAAAAUAUACACAAGCAACGAUUGUUUAUAUCAUGAUGAAAAUCUCUUGGAGUUUUUAUAUCAGUUAUUUGUUAAUAAGAGAAGGUAAUGUGCAAUUAAUUAGCUCAAAGCUCAUCGGUAUAGAUGAAGUUCAUCUGUAAACAGAGAGAAUAAAAGUAAAUUGUGACAUGUCAACAGAAUCUCAAUUCUAACUUAUAUUUAAAGAAAAAAAAAAGGCAAAACAUGAACAAAAGAAAGAUUUACAUCAAUCAACUAUAUGCAAAAUAAAUGUAAAAGAAAAAAAUCAUGUUUGUGAAAAUGGCUGAGGUGGAAGCAUGGUGCUAUUUAGCAUUAAUAACUGAUACAGUGAAAGGAAUGGUUAGGUAAUUAAUGAAAGGAAAACUAAAUCAUCCAUGACAUGGCACUGUCAUUUAAAAUUAAACAACACACAAAAACCGAAAUACUAUGAUAUAUCGAUAAAGAGGAUUUCCAUUGAAAUACUUGUGUGUACAGUAUACACAUAAGUGUUAUAUUUGUGGCUUUUUAAUCAUGAUCAGUUGUAUAACAUUAUAUGAAUGUUUCAUAUUUCUGUGAUUAAGAAACUUCUUUGGUAUAAAAAAUAUAUUUUAUGUAUAUAUAUAUCUUGUACUGCAGCAGAUAACCAUUUCAGCUAGGUCUUCUGAAUCCUUUAGUUGUCCAUGUUUUAUCAUUGAGAUGAAUAUAGAAAAUAAAUAAAGUGACCACUGGGUGACUGAUUUUUACACUUAGAGUAUGUUACUUCUCUCACUAGAAUAUAAAUAAAGUGACCACUGGGUGACUGAUUUUUACACUUAGAGUAUGUUACUUCUCUCACUAGAAUAUAAAUAAAGUGACCACUGGGUGACUGAUUUUUACACUUAGAGUAUGUUACUUCUCUCACUAGAAUAUAAAUAAAGUGACCACUGGGUUACACUUAGAGUGUAUGCUACUUCUCUCACUAGAAUAUAAAUAAAGUGACCACUAGGUGGCUGAUUUUACAGGUGUAGUAUAUAUUACUUCUCAAUUUUCACAUUCAGGUCUACUGAGAAGCAGAUCCUAUUGGUCAGUUAUUUCUUGUAUUUGAACUCCUAUACCCACUCUUCAGACUGAGAAUAUCACGGUUCAGAGAAACAACUUGAUUUGUCCUAAUAACAUGCAAAUUUUGAUCUGUGUUCCAGCUACUUUAUACUUUAUAGCACCACAAGCAAGUCAAUGUCCAGUGUAUAUAAUGUAUAUAAGAAACUUAAUGUAUUUGAUUAUUGUUGUUCUUGUUUGUUUUCAUUUGUUAACCAUUGUCGCUCUCUGAUUUAUGAACUGUCUUUUAUGAAGUUCAUUGUUUUCAGGUUUUAUUCAGAUUCAUAGAUAAGCAACAGUUUGGGGGGCUCAAAGUAACUUUUUACAAAGGUGAAUAAUAGCUUAAUUUACCAGUAAUUUUUUUUAAUGAUCACUUGGUGCUGGAAAUAAUUUGUAUUGAAGCAAUGAAUGUCAAUAUAUAUAUGUAUAUAUAUACAUGCAAAGCUUUAAAUUUAAAAAAAGGGAGUUACUGUAAUAAAUAUUUAUCACUUUCUACAGGAAUGUAUACAUGGAAGAUGUUGGUAAUAUUAUUGAAUGUAUGAAUUGUUAAGGUUAUAUUUUUUCUGCUUUAUAAAUUCAUAGUGCUACAUUUGUACUUGUAUAUAAAAGUCACCAUUUAAGUUGAGAUAUAUAAGUGAAUAAACGAGCAAGAGGGAGAGAGAGGAAAUAAAAUUCUCAUUACUGUAUUGAAGUUCUGUUCAGUUACUUAUAAAGAAAUAACAAAUGAAAGCCCUGAUUUAUGCAUACUUGUUACAUAAUAAAGUUUAUCAAAAUGGGAUGGACUUCUUAUUUGGCCUGUUUGAGAAUGAACUUAAGGUCUAUGAUUUCAGUUAUUCAUAUCAUACAUGACUGUGGAUUCAUAACAUCAGAAAGGCUAACCAAUUUCUGUUAAUUUCAGUUUUCCCUUCAUCCCAUGAUUUUACACAUUGCAUGUUCUCAUGUAUCACUUUGAACAAACAAAAAACUAUCUAUUAAUUAUAUACGUGUAAUUUUGUUGGCACUAAAAAUAUUAAUUUCUUAGAAAUAUAUAUGAUAUAAAUGUGUGGUUUUCAAGAACUGUUUUAGCCAGUACUUUUGAUUUUAUAAGUAUAUUAAAGUGUUAUUUAAAAGAUCCCCAGGGCUAUUUAAUAUGUUUCUUCCAAUGUACUAUCUACAGUCAACAUUGGACAUCACCUUUUAAAAUUCUGUGAAAUAUUGUUUACAUUAGAAAGAAAUUCAAUACUUAUGCUAAAUAUAUAUAAAUAUGAAUAUAUAUAAAGUCUGUUUUGUUUUUGAUAAUUUUUACCAAUUAUGCAUCACCAGUGAUGGGUGCAAGGGUGCAAGAAUGUGAUGCAAUGACCUGUCAUUAGCCGAGACCCAUGUUCAAGUUAUGUUUUCAAGAUUCUACAGUUCUACAUUAAUAUUGUUACAUGGAAUUGUUAAUUUGUUGAUACAUUAUAAUUGGUGUUGAUAGGUUGUAGUGUGCUUUAAAAUGUUUAAAAAAAUGUAUACAGUAUGUACAAUUUUGAAUUUUGUAAAUAGAAUGCUAUAUUGAAAGUUUCCAUUAGUAUUUGUUUCAUCCACAUUUUUAACAUUCUUUACUGCUAAUAAUGUUAAAUAAAAUAUUUGAAAAGAA